AUGGCGUACUCAUCCAGAAUGGCAACAAUUACAAGAAAUGUCCGAUCAACACAGUCAAGCCCUUUCCACCCCACCUGCCUCUCUCAAGGCAGGCUCAAGAAAGCGCUCCGGCUUAUUCGUAACCGUGAAAAUAUUGUUCUUCGCCUUGUGUCAAAAAAGACACCCGACUAUUACCGACGCACCAGGGGAAAGGCACGUCAGUUACAGCAUCCGAGGAUAGCUGUCGCCGCGGCGUGGGUGGAUAGCAAAUUAAAGCAGGGAAGCUCCGAGUGUGGAGGAGCGACAAGGGGCAAUCGCACGGUCGCAACAUCAGGCUCUGAGACGGACAAGUGUCUAGACCUUGGGUUUGGGCAGUGA